UUGCGGCUGUUUACUCCUUCCGUUGUCUUCCCUAAGUCAAGCAUUAAACUGAUUUUUCUUAGAAUUCUACAAAUAUUAUAACCGUCAUGACUGAAGACGUCCAAAGGCAUUCGGUACACACAUUAGUUUUCCGUUCAUUAAAACGAUCUCACGAUAUGUUUUUGUCAAAUCAAGGAUUGUUGCCCACCGUGGACGAAAAAGCAGACAAAAUUCGAAGAAGUAUCAAGGCCAGGGAUUUCUACGGCCUCGUUUUCGAUGACGUGAAAAAAAUGCAAGCGAUGAAAAACCUCAGGGAGUCGGAAGCGGGGCCGAACCCGCCGCCCCCGGGGACCGUCGAAAGCGACGCGACUCCUCUCGAAAACGCGGUCGUGCCGUUUUCCGAGAAUACACUGAAUCGGAACCCACAAAAUCAGCAAAAUCAAAUAGCUACACUUAUCAAAAAGGCCCCGACCAUGCCCAAACCGAAAUGGCACCCUCCGUGGAAAUUGUACAGGGUUAUCGCGGGCCAUCUGGGAUGGGUUAGAUGUGUGGCCGUCGAACCCGGAAACGAAUGGUUCGCGACAGGCGCGGCGGAUCGAAUAAUAAAAAUUUGGGAUCUGGCGUCAGGACAACUUAAAGUGUCCCUGACUGGCCACGUCAGCACUGUGAGGGGAUUAGCUGUCAGCGCGAGACAUCCGUAUUUGUUCAGCUGCGGCGAGGAUAGACAAGUAAAAUGUUGGGAUCUCGAGUACAACAAGGUUAUACGUCAUUACCAUGGUCAUCUGUCGGCGGUUUAUACAUUAGCCCUACAUCCAACCAUUGAUGUUUUGUUGACUGCAGGAAGGGAUUCGACCGCUCGUGUCUGGGAUAUGAGAACAAAAGCAAACAUCCACACUCUAACUGGGCAUACUCACACCGUGGCCAAAGUUAUAGCCCAAGCGUCUGAGCCCCAGAUCAUCACAGGAUCCCAUGAUACCACGAUAAGGUUGUGGGAUCUAGCGGCUGGAAAAUCCAUCUGCACCCUCACCAACCACAAGAAAAGUGUCAGGGACUUGGUGUUUCAUCCCACAUUAAAUAUGUUCGCGUCCGGGUCGCCGGACAACAUAAAACAGUGGAAGUGUCCGGAAGGGAAGUUCAUUCAAAACCUGUCUGGCCACAACGCCAUCAUCAACUGCCUGGGCGUCAACUCCGAAGGAGUUCUGGUGUCCGGAGGGGAUAACGGGACGCUACACUUUUGGGACUGGAGGACGGGAUACAACUUCCAAAGGCUCCAGGCUCCGGUCCAGCCCGGGUCCAUGGACAGCGAGGCCGGCAUAUUCUCGAUGAUUUUCGACCAAUCAGGUUCGAGACUUAUCACGACAGAGGCCGACAAGACGAUUAAAAUUUACAAAGAGGACGACACGGCCACGGAGGAGAGCCACCCGAUCAAUUGGAAACCGGACAUUCUGAAGCGGAGGAAAUUCUAAAAUAAGUUUACAAUUUAGGAUUUUUAUAUGAAAUAAAACACCAAAUUUCGAUUCGACAGUAUAUAUUCGUAAUAUAAAUAUUUAUUUA